AUGUCAUCAACCCAAUCAUCUCAUAUCCACAUCCCAGCAAUCGCAAUACCAUCUUCAACAAAGUCAAUCUUACUUCCUAUAUCAAUCUUAAUAGGUAUAGUAUUCUCAUCUGCAAUACAAACUGAAUUCGCCCAUCAUCUAUCAUCGAAAUUACAAUAUGAUCAACCUUAUUUCACUUUCUAUUUGACCCAUUCAACAUUUUCCUUGAUCUUUCCAAUACAUCUCUUACUACUCAAAUUCUUCAAUCCAUCCAUACCUUCUAUAGCAUAUUUAAACUCGAUCAAAGGUAUUAUCAUUGAUCAACUUGAAAUACCGAAAUCAUCAACAUGGACACAAUUAUCUUCUUUAUGGAACCGAAAGAUUGUUUACCUGACUUCCAUUUUAUCUAUACCUGCUCUGAGUUGGUAUAUAGCAAUGGCCCUUUCACCACCUGUAGAUAUAACUGCCAUUUACUCGACUUCGGCUUUUGCGACUUAUGGAUUUAGUAUGAUACUACUUGGAACUCCUCUUAGUAAAACUACUACACUUAGUAUACUACUGGCUUUCACGGGAGUGGUAGUCAUUAGUAUCGAUGGGCUGACGGAUGGGACUGAAGGGAUGCUGGGGAGAGUCAUAGGUGAUUCUAUCAUGUUGUUUGGUGCGAUCAUACUGGGUCUCUAUGAAGUAAUUUAUAAACUAGCUCUUCCUGAAGGACACGGAGGGAUUGUAUCUACGGCUGCAGAUGAUUAUUCUCCUUUACCAACAUAUCAUUCACCACCUUCCUCGCCACCUUCAGCACCCACACAGCAUACAUCUGGAUCUUCUCAACAUGAGAAUGGUUAUCAUCGCAAUCAGUAUCCACAUAUGGGAACUGAUCCUUCACCCACUCCAAUCGAAUUGACUCCUCCAUUAUCAAGAACAACUUCAAAUGCUAUCUUACUUCCUCAACGCCAUCAUCAUCAUCAAUAUCAAGUAGAAUUACCACCCGCUCUGCAUUCCAACUUUUUGACUUCUUGUAUCGGUAUAGCAACUCUUCUUUUGCUCUGGCCACCUAUCAUAGCUUUGGACUGGACAGGAUACGAACCUUUUCAUUGGCCAAGAGGUGAUCAUGCUUUCGAAAUUUGGUUGAGUCUCAUCGCUGUUUUCAUAGGAGGAACGCUAUACAACGCAGGUUUGAUGGUGUUGAUAGGACUUUGGGGACCUACCACCUCAUCAGUCGCCAAUCUGUUGACUAUAGGAUUGGUGGCUUUGGUAGAUUCGAUUUGGUUAGGUCAGAUACCAGAUUUUCAAACGUUAUUAGGAGUCGGAAUGAUCUGUAUAGGCUUCGGAGUGAUUCUGUGGGAAGGAGAGGGGUAA